AUGACGGCCACAACGUUCCACAAGUUCUCCGAUCUGCCAUUUGAUCUUAGGUAUCAAAUCUAUCUCCUCGCUACACCAUCUAGGCUUGUAUAUAUCCAGGAAGGUUUCCCCGUCAAGGAUGAGCUGUGUGAAGUCAAGGACGACGAGUGCUUUGAGUGGGAAUACGACAAGCUUGAAGCAGGGGAAGCAGCCUUUGUUGACUUUAGCCACCAACUUUGUCACGGAUCGCUGCAAUUCAAUCUGAAGCUGCACCCUGAUCUGGUGUACUUUUCUGAGAACUGGCGUGCCUGGAUAGCCGAGUCUUUCUCGCAACCCAGGAGGCAAACUACACUUGAGGAGUAUAGCUUCACUACAAGCAAAACGCCGUACGACCCUUGGACAGCUACGCCCGAGGCGCCGUGCAUACCUGCAAAUCGACUUCACGAGAAACCCAAGCUGGCCUUCGAACUAGCGCGGGAGACAUGGCUCUACAGCGAAACGCCCAUCCCAGCAUUCCUACACGUUUGCACCGAGUCGCGCCAAGUUUUGAAGACUUUGGGGUAUCAGCUUGCUUUUGGCACCCGAUCACACGCCCCGAGGACAUGGUUCCAUUUCGAGCGGGACAUUCUAUAUGCUCCCCGGAUAAAUGACGACUGCGAAUACAACCCUUUAACGGACUUAAAUUUCGCAUACUAUUCCUCAGAGUAUCUUACUUCUGUGCUUUCAGGUUGUCCAUGGGACUUUGGCCGGUUCGACCUAGAUUCACUUCGGAGUCUUAGACGACUGGUACUACCAGGCACCUGGUCUCCUCUACCCGAGCAUGAACCUUUUGUUCCAAGUUUGCACUACCUUGCCAACAUGAUGAAACUGCUCCCGAAUCUGAAAGAGAUUUUCCUUGAAGAAUGGGAGGCAGAAGACAUUGGUGGGUGGUUAUUUGGUACAGUCUGGUGGAGGAUCCCGAAGGAUUCCCAACAUUCACGAAUUCUAAACCGCGCCUUCGAACCCAGAGUUUGCAUCCCCUGGGAGCCCAUCGAUUCCAUCGGGUCCAUGUGCUGGUUUGAUAGAGGAGUCAUGGAUGGAGAUGGUGUAGGGCCCAUACCUGAUGGGCAACGCUACAUUAUGAGAACAGAUCACCCACUGCCUAGCAUUGCCGAACACUCUCGUCAAUGGGACCGGCAGGCUUGGGCAAAGAUGUUUAGAAAGCAGCUCCAGGCCAAACUGCAGCAGCAUGCUUCUUACAGUUCUGCUAUACCAGAAAUCACAUUUGUCCACACAUGUCCAGAAUCAUUAUCUCAGCGAUUCUUACGCGGCCGGCAUCAAUUCUGGCAGGACUUCAUCCAUCUACAGGAAGCGGCUCGCGAUCAAUCGAGACUUGAGCUUGUCCAUUCGGCUAUCCAAGAGCCCCGUUUCAGAGUGAACUUUGAGAAAAUUCGUCUAGAGGCUCGCAAUGGCUAG